AUGACCAAAGUCGUUUUGAGAGACCAAAAACAAGUCCUAGAGCGUCAAUUGAACGAUGCUUACUCUUAUGUAGAACUAGUUGAUAAAGUAGACCUCCUUCCCGCGGAUUAUGGCGAAAAUGAACACUUCCAGAAAAACGUCUUUACAAUGGAGACCCACACCGGUACCCCCAUAGGAUACGUUCUGGAAAAUGUUGCGGAUAAGAUGAAGGAAAUAGCGGGCGUAGAAUUCAAUAAAGUUUUCGAACACAACGAGCAGAGUCGAUCUCUUAGAUUUAGGUCAGUGGAUUUUCAGGUUCGCAACGACGAUUUGAAUGCUUUGGGGACAAAACUGAGAUCUAGGGCGGCUUUUGAGUGCCUCCUAGGCUGGAGAGACGAGCAUUACGCUGUGUACUGUGAGAAACGCUCACCUUACGUGCUCGUGGAAAGAGCUCUUUCUGGACUGCUUGGCAUUGUGACGUAUGGGAUCCACGUUAACGGCUUUGUUCGUGACUCGAAAACCGGAGAAAUUAAAAUAUGGGUACCACGUAGGUCUCCCACAAAAUCCACAUGGCCUUCCAUGCUUGACAACGUUAUUGCAGGCGGGUUGGGCUACCCAUAUGGUGUGUUCGAAACCGUGAUAAAGGAAGGCGAAGAGGAAGCCAACCUACCAAAGGAACUCAUACAAUCGCACAUAAAACCUGUAGGUGCCGUGUCCUAUUUUUAUUUCCAAAGCGAGGCAACUGAUGGGCAGGAAAAGUUCGAUACCCUCUCUUCGUUAAUCACUGGUGAAGUUGAGUACCUCUUCGAUCUCGAAUUGCCGCCAGGAGUGACGCCUAGCCCCAAUGAUGACGAAGUAGAGAGCUUCUCGCUACUUUCAUUACAAGAGACCAUUGAUGCUCUCAGAAGUGGGCAUUUCAAGCCCAAUUGCGCUUUGAUAAUGCUGGAGUUUUUAAUAAGACAUGGCUACAUCAAUCCCGAAAACGAACACAACUACCUGGAAAUAAUCUCCCGCAUUCAUCGACGUCUGCCAUUUCCAACCCGCAAUUGA